AUGAACAUAGUUUGCAACUUUGUUUUACAGGUGACAUCACCAGAUGAUGUAAACGCUGCCUUAGAUACAAUACGUAAGAAGUUCAACAGAUUGGAUGUCAUAGUAAAUGCAGCAGGAAUAGCCUGCGCCCACAAAAUAUAUAAUUCUAAUACAGAUACUCCACACAGUAUAGAGGAUUUUGAAAAUGUGCUUAAAGUAAAUGUUGCUGGAACAUUUAAUGUUACUAGAUUAUCUAUAUCAUUGAUGUAUAAGAAUACACCAGACGAAGAUGGACAACGGGGAGUGAUAAUUAACACAGCAAGCGUUGCAGCAUUUGAAGGACAAAUGGGUCAGGUAGCAUAUUCUGCAAGCAAAGGUGCGAUUGUUAGUAUGACCUUGCCACUAGCUCGGGACCUAGCUAAGAUUGGUAUUCGUGUUGUUACAAUCGCACCUGGAAUAUUUGAUACACCAAUGCUGGGAAGUUUACCAGAGAAAGUACGUGUGUAUUUAAAGAAAACAGUACCAUUUCCAAACAGAUUGGGUGAUCCUGAUGAAUAUGCUAAGCUUGCACAACAUAUUGUUGAAAAUCAUCUCUUAAAUGGAGAAGUGAUAAGAUUAGAUGGUGCUCUCAGAAUGCAACCGUGAAUACAGUUUUUUGUAUACUUUUAUAUUGGACAUGGAACAUGGAUAAAGGAUUUUCAGAACAUGGAUAUCAUAAAUAAAAGUUACAUAAAAUCAGACAAAAAUAUAUAAAAAAUGAAUAAAACCGUUAAUUUUUUACAUGCAA